AUGGAUUUGGGUACCGGUGCGGUAGCGUCCGCUGUAGCGGUCGCUGCUGGAGCAUAUCUGAACGCAAGACUCUCGAUUGGAACCGAUAUGAAAAGCUUGAGGCACGACCGCCAAUUUGGAGAGCGAGUGGGUGCGAAUAUCCAGAGGUUGGGCGACACUUGCACGAUUUACGCCUUGUUUGACGAGGUAGACGCGACUCUGGAGGCCUUGUGGUUCGAAGGGAAGACUUGGACCUAUGGCGAGCUGAAACGAGAUGUUGUGAGACUUGCUGCAUUUCUGGAAGCUCAGGGUGUUCAGAGGAACGACUGUGUCGCGCUGUUCACCACCAACUCGCCAGAAAUGGUGAUUGCCGUUCUGGCACUGUCGAAAUUGAGUGCGAUUGCUGGAUUGGUCAAUACUAGUCUUCGAGAUGCCACGUUGAAGCACUGUUUGGAUGUGGCCAAUGCCAAAAUGAUCAUCUCGACCCCAGACCUCUCUCAAUACCUGGACGGCUCUACGACACAUCUCAGUUUGGACCUGGGAACUUUUCGUAACGCACCUGUAACCAGUGACCCUUCAGUACAACUCGUCAGACCAGAAGACCUACCUACACCAACAGUCAUCUCCCCUCCGGCGCGAGCAGCACCCACGGACGUAGCAGUUUUGAUCUACACGUCCGGUACAACAGGAAAGCCGAAAGCAUGCGCAAUCCGCAACCAAAUGGUGAUUUUGGCGAGCACCAUGACCUCCGCAGACGCGGAAAACCCCACCAAGUAUUUCCCACUCCGGGUCUACUCUCCCUUGCCGCUCUUUCACGGCACGGCCAUCUUCACGGCUUUCUGCUACGGCAUCGGAACCGCGUCUACCAUCUGCCUGGCGAGGAAAUUCUCCUCCUCCCGAUUUUGGAAGGACGUCCAUGAGUGCCAAGCGACGAGGAUCUUGUACGUCGGGGAGCUGUGCCGGUACUUGGUGAAUUCUCCCCCUGGGCCGUACGACAAGGGGCAUCAAUGUAUCGUUGCAGCUGGCAACGGCCUCCGUGGCGAGAUCUGGGAGAAAUUCAAAGACCGGUUCGGCGUGCCGGAGAUUCGCGAGUUCUAUCGCUCCACGGAAGGGCUUGCGAAGUUCGAUAAUAUUGGACGUGGAGCUUGGGGAGCCGGGAAAGUCGGCUUCGCCGGGCCCCUGAGGCGGUACAUGGAAGCGGAUACGCUGCUUGUCAAGAUCGAUCCGGAAACCGAGCAGCCGUACAGAGAUCCGAAGACUGGCUUCUGUGUCCGGUCGAAGUUGGGAGAACCGGGUGAGGCAAUCGGGAGAGUCAAGAACAGAGCCACGUUGACAGAGUAUCUGAACAAUGCCGGCGCCACCAACGAGAAGCUGCUGCGUGAUGUAUUCAAGAAAGGCGACAUGUGGCAGAAGAUGGGGGAUCUCAUCAUCCACGAAGAGACAGGCUGGUUGAGAUUCCACGAUCGAAUGGGCGAUACCUUUCGAUGGAAGGGCGAGAACGUGAGUGCCGGCGAAGUGAGAGACCACAUUGCUCAACUGAGCGGCGUCUUGGACGCGGUCGUAUACGGCGUGAAACUCCCGGGGUACGAUGGCACUGCUGGUGCGGCGGCCAUCACCCUCGACUCCAGCGCCGACAAAGUCUUCAUGCAAGGACUCUACACUGGUCUCAAAACCACCGGGCUCCCAGCUUAUGCCAUGCCACGACUGGUGCGCAUCACGAAAGAAAUCGAAGCAACCGCGACCUUCAAAAAGGCCAAGAAUGAGCUGGUCAAGAGGUCGUGGAUCCAGAGCGAUCCCGAAAACCAGGACAGACUGUACUGGCUAGAUGGACAGGCGUACAAGCCUCUAGACGCGGUAGACUGGGGGUUGAUAGAGAGUGGUAAGGCGAAACUGUAA